GGGAGAGGGAGGCGGGGGAGCGCGCAGGACGGAGGAGGCGGGAGCUGCGCGGCGCGCCUGGCGUGCUGGUCCCCGAGCUCGCUCAGCGCUCGGCUUCCUCCCUGAAGAUGGCCACGGACGGGCUGCACGAGAACGAGACGCUGGCGUCGCUGAGGAGCGAGGCCGAGAGCCUCAAGGGCAAGUUGGACGAGGAGCGCGCCAAGCUGCACGACGUGGAGCUGCACCAGGUGGCAGAGCGGGUGGAAGCACUGGGGCAGUUCGUCAUGAAGACCAGGAGGACCCUCAAAGGUCAUGGGAACAAAGUUCUCUGCAUGGACUGGUGCAAAGAUAAGAGGAGGAUCGUCAGCUCAUCGCAGGAUGGAAAGGUGAUUGUGUGGGACUCCUUCUCUACUAACAAGGAGCAUGCAGUCACUAUGCCCUGCACGUGGGUGAUGGCGUGUGCAUAUGCCCCCUCAGGAUGUGCCAUUGCCUGUGGAGGUUUGGAUAAUAAGUGUUCUGUGUAUCCACUGACAUUUGACAAAAAUGAAAACAUGGCUGCAAAAAAGAAGUCUGUUGCCAUGCACACCAACUACCUGUCUGCCUGCAGCUUCACCAACUCUGACAUGCAGAUCCUGACAGCAAGUGGAGACGGGACAUGUGCUCUGUGGGACGUGGAGAGUGGGCAGCUGCUGCAGAGCUUCCAUGGACAUGGGGCUGAUGUGCUCUGCUUGGACCUGGCACCCUCAGAAACUGGAAACACCUUCGUCUCAGGGGGAUGCGACAAGAAAGCCAUGGUGUGGGACAUGCGCUCCGGCCAGUGCGUGCAGGCCUUUGAAACUCACGAAUCUGACAUCAACAGUGUCCGAUACUACCCAAGUGGAGAUGCCUUUGCUUCAGGGUCAGAUGAUGCUACAUGCCGCCUCUAUGACCUUCGGGCAGACAGGGAGGUCGCUAUCUACUCCAAGGAGAGCAUCAUAUUUGGAGCAUCCAGCGUGGACUUUUCUCUCAGUGGUCGCCUGCUGUUUGCUGGAUACAAUGAUUAUACCAUCAAUGUCUGGGAUGUUCUCAAAGGCUCCCGUGUCUCCAUCCUGUUUGGCCAUGAAAACCGUGUCAGCACUCUGCGUGUUUCCCCUGACGGAACUGCUUUCUGCUCAGGAUCAUGGGACCAUACCCUCAGAGUUUGGGCUUAACUGUCUUCUUAAAAGGCACACACAAGUACCAGAGCAUAGAAUCUGAAAUUGCCACAUAUAGAUAUAUCUUCUAGAGAAUCUGAGGGUUCAUUGCAAUUCAUUUUAAGGAUGAAUUAGCUAGGUGUCUCUACUAUUACUAUCACCAUUAGAACUGCCACUACUGAAAAGAGAAGCCUUCAGAACCACAAAAGUAACUGAAAGUAUACUAUUUUCAUUUUAAAGCUUUUCUUCAAAGUUUAUCAUCUUUUUAAAAAGAAGGAUAUUUAUCUAUUUAUUAACUUAGUGAGGAAACAGAAUAUUGUUCCACAUAUGCAGUGCUAGGAAUUGAACCUUAGGCCUCUUGCUUGCAAGUCCUAUGCUAUAUUAACUGAGCCACCUCCUCCAUCACAAAACUUGUCUGUACUUUAAGAUUAUCUUAACUAUACCAGUCUCAACUCAUUCUGUUACUAUACAGUUAAGCAUUUAAUAUUCUACACUGCUUCCUUGAACCAGAUAUACUUAUUUGUCUAUUUAUUUUGCAAAUAUGUGUGAUUCUAAAGCACCUGGACUGAUUUAAUUCUUUUUUUUAUUUAAUUCUUUUAAAAAAUUACAAAUAGAGAGGGAGAGACAGAGAAAGAGGGAGAGACACCACAACACUGAGCCAUCACACAUGGGGGUUCCUCUGCUGCAGUGGUGUUUCUACGUGCCAGUGACGGAACCUAAGGCCCAUGCAUGGUGAGGUGCAUGCCCUACCAGAUAAUUCUCAGCCUCCCAAAUUUAGUUUUGAAGCACUUUAAAAACUGGUUUUUCUCUCUAUACACUAUGACCUUGGAACCUUCCUCAAGAAGCACUGAUUUCAAUGGCUUCCAUCUGAAGGAACAUCUUAAAUGGUCUAUGAGAGAAGAAAAGUCCAGUUAGCAGUGCAAUUAGGUAUAAUCACUAUUGUAAAAGAUGUAUUUUCAUUAUAAAGCAAUUCAUAUUCAUCCUAGUUUUUGUUAUGGACAUGAGAUAGUUGUCAAUUUCAUUUCUGUGAGCUGUUGUAAAUUAAACAAAAGGAAAAUAAAGCAGAUGGGAUUUAUGAA